AUGUGGAUAUUUGGAUACGGUUCGAUCGUAUGGAAGCCGGAUUUUCGAUUCAUCAAUCGAAUUGAAGGACAUCUCAAGGGCGUCAUUCGACGAUUUUGGCAACUAUCAGAAGAUCAUCGUGGCGUACCAGGACAACCAGGACGAGUGGUGACAUUGAUUGCAACCGGGAAUCAAGCUGAUUGUGUUUACGGUGCGGCAUAUGAAAUCUCUAAUGAAGAUGAAGCUAGUGUUCGACAUGUACUUGAUGUUCGUGAAAAAGAUGGUUAUACAAUAGUCGAAACAGUAUUCUAUCCGAAUAGUAGUGCUGAACAAGAAAGAGCUUGUUAUACCUAUAUGGCUCAAUCUAAUAAUCCAUUUUGGGGUGGCGAUGCACCGCUUGAUCAGAUUGCACAACAAAUCGCACGAGCACAUGGGCCAAGUGGAUCGAAUCGUGAAUAUCUAUUCAAAUUAGCGGAUGCCAUACGAAUUAUCACACCAGUUCCUGACGAACAUUUGUUUACAUUGGAUCAACUUGUCAAGGAUAUCAUAGCGAAAGAUGAGCAACUUAACAGCAAAAAACUAUAA